GAAGACAUUAUGCAUUCACGUGUGUGUGAACGUGUGACGGGCUUCGUGCGUCUGAGUUCAUGAGCCAGCCAAUCAAGGGACGUGUUCGUUCCACCCACUAAAUAUGUAUGUUCACACAAAGAGCCUCAUGUCUCGUUGACGUGCCCAUGAUCGGUGCUGUCAGCAUGCCAUGCGCAUAUACAUCAUCCAUCCAUCAGGGGGAUGCCUGAAUGAAUGCAGACAACCAAACCGCAUCCAUCAACCAACAUGCAAGAAGCAUGUCACACAUUCUUUCAUGCGUCUGGCACACCAUCGUCUCUCUCGCCCGCCCACCGUCGGUACCCGAGUGGGAGUGCGAGGGAACAUUGAGGCCUUCCGUACGUUGUCCAGACCCAGGAAGAGCGUUGCGAUACGGUCGAGGCCCAGCCCUGCGCCGGCGUGAGGCGGACAUCCAUGCUCAAAGGACUUGAUGUACGCCUGGAUCGACGGGGAGUCCGUCGGCAGGCCACCACUGAGGCAGGCAGGCAGGCAGGGAGGCAGGGAGGGAGGGACGGAACGAGGAAUGAAACACAUACCAUAAGCAGAACAGUCAACUGCCCUCCCGGCCUCAUUCAAGCUGCCGACACCGAUGAGACUGACCUGUCCAUGGCUUGCUUGAGCUGUGCGGGAUUGUUGAUCCGCUGGGCACCUGCGGGUGGUCAGGACAGGACAAAAGAAGGACGCACACAUUUCAUGAACCGAGCCCGCCUGCCCCUGCCUGUGACUUUCCUCCCAUCUUUUGUCUGUCACGUCCCUCUCCCUUUGUGUGUGUGAGUGCGUGUGCGUGUGGGCGAGGCUUCCCUUGGUACCUGAGGCUAUCUCCUGGCCCCUGAGGAAGAGGUCAUAUGAGUUGGAGUAGUCGGCGUCAGUGUCCGAGGGCAUCGUGUAGAAGGGCCGUAGGCUCCGGGGGUACUGGUCUACUGCAAACAGAUCGGUGCCGUACUCAUCGUGGACGAUGCGGCCUAGUUUCUGCUCCUGCUCGUCACUGAGGUCAUCGAAAUCCGACAUGGACUCGCCAGCCGACCUGACCACGAAACAGGAAAGGAACAGGACCAGCGUAAGGAACAUCCCUCCCCUCCACAGCUGCCACUGAAUGUGUGUGUGCACAGAAUCGACCUGAGGAGUUGAAGCGCGUCUUUGUAGGUGAGUAUGACAGGUUCGUCGGUCAGCAGCAAGGGCUCUGACGGAUACUGCUCCCUCACCGUUGCCAGAAGGUCACCGAGACUGGCUUCGGCAUCCUCAAACAUCCUCUGAAGCACGCUGACGACUCACACACAGACACGCGGCAGGCAGCUACAAGAAGCAACAAGUCGUUGUUUGCGUACUUGUAGACAAGCAGGAGGGCCUCUUGGUAUGUGUGAAGAAUGGACAUCUCCAAAUCAAGGCCUGGAGAGACAGACAGACAGACAGACACACGGGCAAAUUGGAACCAUUCCAACCAUCAAAGCACCCACAUCAUCACGAGUGAAUUUGACGCACCCGUGAAUUCACAGAGGUGCCGCCUCGAUCUCGACUUCUCGGCCCUGAAGACGGGCCCGAUCUCGAAGACUCUGUCGAGGUCGCUGCUUAUGGCCAUCUGCUUGUACAACUGAGGCGACUGGGCAAGGCACACCUGCUGGCCGAAAUAGUCAGUCCGGAACACCUCUACAGAGCAGACGGGAAGCCCACAUCAGACGCGCACCACGGAGGUGGGUAGGUGUGUGCAUGUGUGUGCGUUGCUGCCUCGGCCAUGGGAUGCCAGGCCUACCUGCCCCUCCCUCCGACUGUCCUGGUACAAGCUUGGGGCUGAAGAUCUCUACAAAGCCAGCCUGUCAGUAGGAUUAGUACACUCGUCAGUCACCUGAGGACGGUCGUCUUGACGCUUGUUCUUCUUCUUCUUCACCUGGAUGAGUUGCUGUCGGAAGGCACUGGCCAUGUGAGCCUUGACUCUCAUAAUGGCCUGGUUAGCGGGUGUCCUGAGGUCCAGCCACCGGUGGUCCAGACGGAGGUCCUGACCAAUCACAGGGAUCGGACGCUCCGUCUCCUGCGAUUCCAUGACCUGAUCAAUCAAUCCAUUGUGGUCAAAUAGGCAACUCGCCGAUGAUGGAUGGAUGUGUUCCAUGGCUGCUUGCGCCAUGCACCUACCUCUGCCGGCGAUCGUGCAGCGUCCCGGACACUGAAGGGGAGCUGCUGUGUGCAGCUGGAUACAAGAUGCGCACUGAGGAUCUGCAGCCAAGGAAUCACACAGAGUCCAUCGUCAGCAGCACAUGCCUGCCUUCACUGCAGGACGAUUAGAGGUACUCACGUGGAUCUCGACGUUCUUCUGAGUGCAUGAGCUUACUCUUGCAGGUUUCACCGUCCCCUGCACGAGAAGGAAAGAUGAAGCGAUACUGCGCGAUGAGGGAUGCACGCGAAUGCGAUCAUAUACGUCUGCGUCCCCUCACUCUGGUCGAUCUCUCCGACCUCAGUCCCAGCGGGUGUCUGCCUACCUGUAUGUCGAUGAUUGAUUCCUCCGGAAUGCUCUUGAGGAACUUGAGUAGCUCUUUAGAUCUCUCGGGGUCUUCUGUGUCUUUGAAGAGGCAUGCCUGCACUGUAGAUCCUCCACUCUAACAGACACACCACAUAUGCACAAAGACAAGACGGUUCUUGUUGACAGAACGUCCCAGACGUGUCUGUACCUGCCGUAGGACAAGGAAGCAAGAGUUGCCUUUGCUUCUGAAUGCAUGGAGACGUCCCCUGACGUAGACUGAUGACUCAGCCGCCACCUUGUCGAUGUCCGGGACUCGCACAUAAAGCUGGCUGUCCAACGAAGACCAGAGGGUGGUAGAUCUGGGACUUGCUGCUGCCGAACGACGAAACGCGGGGGCAACGAACGCUCUGCUCAGCGGCAGCCAACACACAGACACUGCUGCACACACUGCUGCAUAUAGACACCGCUGCUGCAUGAAUUCAG